CUCAAGAUGCCCAUGUGAUUCUACAAUCUACUGCAAGCAUGAAGUAGUUAUUGGUGGUACUUCACCUCCCCUCAUCGUGCAUGCGACCCUCAUCAUACAUACAUCUUCCACCAACAAUGGCAUCACUAGGCACCACCUAGCCAGGAGGUAGGAGUUCUUCAAAAAAAAAAAAAAGCCAGGAGGUAGGAGGUCAUGGCUUCCCCUCCUCUUGUGACUUGUGAGAUCUCAGCAUGCCAUCACAUCAAAUAACACACUGAUCUCACCACCUUCCAGCUACAAAAUAGCUUCACAUCUCAGCACCGCAAAGCUAACACCACCACUCCACCAGCAGAGUGAGGCAGCAGCCAUGGACGGUGGCUCCCGUGCCCUGCUCAGCCAGACGGGAGACGAGCAGUCCAGGAGCGUCGUCAUGGCCGGCGCCGGCGCCCUGACGGUGGCGAGGGACUACCGGAGGGGGAACUGGACGCUACCGGAGACGAUGCUGCUGAUCGAGGCCAAGCGGAAGGUGCACGAGGAGCGGCACCCUGGGGACCAGGGCCUGGCGCGGUGGCGCUGGGUCGAGGACUACUGCUGGCGCGCCGGCUGCCGGCGCAGCCACAACCAGUGCAACGACCGCUGGGACAACCUCAUGCGGGACUACAAGAAGGUGCGCGCCUACGAGUUGGCCGGCGCCGGCGCCGGCAGAGCGCCCAGCUACUGGGCGAUGGGCAGGGCGGAGAGGAAGGAGAAGGGCCUCCCGAGCAACCUCCUCCGCGAGAUAUACAACGCCAUGGGCGAGGUCAUCGAGAGGAGGAUAAGCUUGGGCGGCUGCGGCGGCAGUGGCGGUGGCGCUGGCGGGGCGUCCUCCAGCCUCCUCGACGUCCCCAUGCAGGCUUCCCCGCUCGCCCAAUUCCUACCCCGAUCUCUACCUCCUCUAGAACAAGAGACGCGGCAUCACGGGUACGGCGUGGCGCAUUUCAGCCCCGAGUCGCCGGAGAGGAAGAGGAGGCGGCCAUCGCUGGACGAGCUGCGGCCAGGGACAGGGAGCAGCAUGCCACCAGCGCCGGGACCGCACGUCCACCGUCAGGAACAAGGACGCCACCACCGCGAGGACGACGACGAUCACGGCCGCGACGGCGAGAGCUCCGAUUCCGAGCGCUCCGACGAGGAGGAGGAGGAGGUCCUGAGCGGCGCGAUCGGUCGGUGCGCGGCGAUCCUGUCGGAGGCGCUGGAGAGCCGGGAGGCCGCGGAGGAGCGGCGGCACCGGGAGGUGAUGGCCGUGGAGGAGCGGCGCGGGCGCGCGCUGCAGGCGCGCCGCGAGGCCGGCGAGCAGUGCGUGGCCGGGCUGGCCGCGGCCGUGAACCAGCUCGCCGGGUCCAUGCUGGCGCUCGCCGCCGCCAAGCACAAGGACAAGGGCGGCGGCGGCGGCCCCGCGGCGCCCCCCAAGUGAGGCAGGUCCUCCCGUCUCGCAUGAUGACGCCGCCGUGCCCGAGCAUGCGGCCG